UCUGGCCGAGCCCCCGUUAUCAACAAGAGCAGCGCGAGGCCGACUGACACCUCAAGGCAGCUGCUGGAGCACUGGACACCUGUUACCAAGGAGACACGACCGGCGGGAAGAAGAUCAGAGGAAAGAAGACAGAAGAAGAAACUUGCAGCCCGUCCAGGUGUUUCCUUCACAGCUGUAACAGUCAGCCAUGUCGUCUACAGUGCUGUUCAACCUGCUGCGAGUCGGUCGCUCCUCCGUCACCAGACAAACCUUCCUCAGUGCUCGCUGCUCAGCAGAGACCUCUACAGCUCCUGCACAGGUGGGCGGGGCUUUAUUUGGCGUGGUUGGUGUGCGUCAUGCCAGUGGGUCAGUGCGCUUCGACAGCGACGGCAGUGGCCGCCCAGUCACCUGGGACUCCUUCGGCAUCUGGGGUAACAGAAUAGAAGAACCAAUCCUGCUGCCGUCCAGUAUCAAAUAUGGGAAACCCAUUCCACAGGUGAGUUUGUCUCGUGUCGGCAGUGCGUCCGUUUUGGGUCUCAGAAAGCAAAACGAGGACCGCCUACGUAUCGCACGCAUUCAUGACAACCUGCUGUACUUUGCUGUGUUUGACGGGCAUGGCGGCCCGCAUGCCGCCGACUACUGCUACACCUUCAUGGAGAAGUUUAUCAGAGAUGCUCUGGAGGACGAGGACGAUCUGGAGAAAGUUUUAAAGAAAGCUUUUUUGGAUGUUGACUCUGCAUUAUACACACAUCUCAGCUACUUUAACAACGCCUCCUUCCUGACAGCCGGAACCACAGCGACAGUCGCGAUGCUCCGUGACGGUGUAGAGCUGGUGGUCGGUAGUGUUGGUGACAGUCCGGCAAUGCUGUGCAGGAAAGGCCAAGCUGCAAAACUCACAAAAGACCACACACCGGACCGCAAAGAUGAGAGGAAACGGAUUCAGAAGUUUGGCGGCUUUGUGACGUGGAACAGCGUCGGUCAGGCUAAUGUGAACGGACGUCUCGCCAUGACUCGCAGCAUUGGAGACUUCCACCUGAAAACCAACGGAGUCAUCGCCGAGCCAGACACGCGGAGACUUACGGUCCAGCACACCAGUGACUCCUUCCUGGCUCUGACCACGGACGGCAUAAACUUCCUGCUGAGUGACCAGGAGAUCUGCGAUGUCAUAAACCAGUGCCAAGACCCCACGGAGGCAGCAGAAGUCAUUGCUGAGCAGGCGUUGCAGUACGGCUCAGAGGACAACUCCACCAUCAUCAUCGUCCCUCUCGGAGCGUGGGGGAAACAUCAGAGCUCCAACGCCGUCUACAGCAUGAGCAGGAACUUCUCCUCCAGCGGGAGAUGGGCGUAAUCAAGGGCACACAAACAUAGAAAUAUAACAGCUCCAUAUCAGUUUACAGUAUCACAUACAACUUUGACUGAAAGAAUACAAUCCUUUAAUGUCUUUACCAAACUCCAUGGUAAAGACAUACAUACUCCUGUGUCCGAAACCACGCACUCAUUCCCUACUCCCUAUCCACUCUAUAGUGAUCAGCAUAUAGUGGACUAUAUAGUGGACUUUACUGCAAAACACAAAAAUGAUUUCUGACACUACUCUGGCCAUGGGAAAUGACGUCAUCACCAUCUCACAAUUAAAAUGUUUAGCAACAACGUCUAGUAAAUUUCCAGGCUGAGGAUCGAAAUUAACGGUAGAAUUUCACUGAAAACCAAUACUAAACAUCAUGUAUUUUCACUAAAAAUAAAAAUACUAAUAGAUAAAAAAGCUUGUGUCUUAAGUGGAAAAAUAGUCUACAUUUUUGUGUUUACUGUAACUUAUUUUUGCUUUCUUAUAAAGAUGAUGGUCUCAUGUCUUCCUC